UCUUUAUAUACUCCACGGAAUUAGGUCUAGAGAAACUAUAUAUUGUACGUAACAGCUAGUUGUUUACAUCAAUUAUAGAAAAAAGAAAAUCAGAGUGCAUUGAUAUGGAAAUUCCUGCAUAUGUUUUGCUAUUGCCAUUAGCUUUAUUCAUCAUAAUUGUCAUAGUGAUGAGAAGAAAGAGAUUGAAUUAUCCUCCUGGAAGUUGUGGAUGGCCAUAUCUUGGCGAAACACUAGACUUCCUCAACGCAAACAAGGAAGGAAAACCAGAGAAAUUCGUUAAAGAGAGAAUAGAGAAAUACAAGUCUAAAAUCUUUAAAACAUCCUUAAUGGGAGAGACUGUGGUGGUAUUAGGUGGUGCAAGUGGAAAUAAGUUCUUGUUUAGCAAUGAAAACAAACAAGUGGUUAUUUGGUGGCCUGCAUCAGUAAGAAAACUUAUAGGAUCUUGUUUGAUUACUACUGUUGGAAAAGAAGCCAAAAUCAUGAGGAAGAUGCUUUCUACUUUUGUUAGUCCUGAUGCUUUUUCUAGACUCUACAUCAAAACCAUGGAACUUGUUGCACACCACCAUUUUAUGAAUUAUUGGCAAGGUAAAGAGAAGGUGAAGGUGUUUCCUCUGGUAAAAUUAUAUACUUUCAAAGUGGCAUGUCAACUAUUCAUGAGCAUUGAAGACAAAAAUGAAAUUGAAAGGCUUUCUAGGGAGUUCAACCUUUUAUUGAAAGGACUAAUUUCCCUCCCUAUAAAUUUACCUGGUACAUCAUUUUACAAAGCAAUGAAAGGUACAACUGCUAUUAGGAAAGAAUUAUUACAAGUUGUAAAAAAAAGAUUAUUACAAGUUGUAAAAAAAAGAAGAGAAGCUUUGGAACAGAAAAUAGCAUCACCUUCACAAGACAUUUUGUCUCAUUUGUUGUCCUGCCCUGAUGAAAAUGGAAAGUACAUGUCUGAACUACUUAUUGUUAAUAACAUAUUGUUGUUUCUCUUUGCUGGUCAUGACACUUCAUCUGUCACACUUACUUUACUCAUUAAGAGACUUGCAGAGCACCCUCAAAUUUAUCAGAACAUUCUCCAAAGUUAGUUCAUUGAUUGAAUCACGUUAAAUUAUUGUAUCUUUUAUAUAUAUAUAUAUAUAUAUAUAUAUAAGACACAAUAAAGCAGAGCAUAUUUUAUAUAUAAUAUUAAUUGGUGAAAAGCAGAGCAUAUUGAGAUAGCAUCAUCAAAGAAAGAAGGAGAGUUUUUGAAUUGGGAUGAUAUACAAAAGAUGAAGUAUUCUUGUAAUGUAGUAUCUGAAGUUAUGAGACUAACACCUCCUAUAAUGGGGGCUUAUCGAGAAGCAAUUGUGGAUAUAAAUUAUGGAGGUUAUCAUAUCCCUAAGGGCUGAAAGUUUUACUGGAAUACUGGUUUAACAAGUUUGGAUCCAGAGAUUUUCCCCAACGCAACAAGCUUAGAACCAUCAAGAUUUGAAGGAGUUGGACCUGCACCAUAUACGUAUAUUCCAUUUGGGGGAGGACCACGAAUGUGUGUAGGAAAAGAGUUUGCUCGACUGGAGAUUCUCAUCUUUCUGCACAUCUUAAUCAGGAAAUUUAAUUGGAAAUUACUUAGAGAAAAGACAUACAGACACCAUCAAAGUUGUUCCGUAUUUGCAUAAAGACACCUUAACUUUUAAAGUGUCCUAUUACCCCACAGAACUAAUUAAUUUCUUUGUAAAUGGGUCAUUUUGACCCAUUUUCUCGUCUAUGUAGUGGCGCGUGUUGCUCAAAUCCCUGUUCAACCUGACCUGACCCGACCCUAUUCUUUAAAGAGAAUUCAUCUUCUCCAUUUCUUUUCUUCUCUAUUUUGCUUGCACCUUCAAGAAAUUUUCAUUAAUUUUUCUUCAUUCGGAUUUUUUUUAUUCAGCUAUGGAGUUAGGUGACAACAAAAUUUUGAAUGUAGGAUUGCUAUUAGUUGCAACCCUUUUGGUAGCAAAACUCAGACCUAAAUAACUCAUAUGCUAACUUAAAACAAAACCCAUGGAUAACACUUUCUUGCACAUUGCAAGAAAAGUUAAUGCAUAUUCAAUUGACAACAGUUCCUCCAUUAACCAUUUUCUUGUUCAUCAUGUUCCAUUGACCAACUUGUGGCAGACAAGAGCUUCCAUAGCUUGGAAGUGUUUACUUUGAAUUUAUUGAACAAGAAAAUCACAUUCUUCAUUGAUCCAGAAGUUUCUCGCCAAUAGUGGUGUCUUAUUUUCUUAGAGAAGAUGAUGAAGUGGUCAAACAAAGAGUAUCAACAUUGAUUUUUCUAUGGAAAAAACUAUGAAAUUGAAAAAUUAGGGCUAACAAUAAUUAUUUUGGGUUUAAAUUUGGGGAAGAUGACAAAAAUUGAUAAAAUAAUUAAUAAUAAAGAAUAAUAAUGACACAUAGCACCUUUAAACUGGUCCAUGGCAGUAAAAAUAAUGGAUGACGCGCCUCAAGUGCGUGGUAACAACUCACACUACGAAAUGAGUCAAAAUGGUCCAUUUACAAAGAAAUUAAAUAGUUCUGUGGGGUAAUAGGACACUUUAAAAGUUAAGGUGUCUUUAUGCAAAUACGGAACAACUUUGAUGGUGUCUGUAUGUCUUUUCUCCAUUACUUAUUUCCAAUGAGAAAAUGACAUAUGAUCCAAUGCCUACCCCUCUUGAAGGACUUCCUUAUUAGCCUUCAACCUCACAAUUACUGACAUUAAUUAUUAUGUUUAGUUUCUUCUAUA